AUGUGGCUGGUUCUGUUUGGAAUAUUCCUUCCUUCCUGGAUGGCAAUUGUCGGGGGAACCUACUGGUUCUUCUUCCGAUGGCGCAGCCCGUUCUCCCUGAAGUCGGUGAGGCCCAAAGAGCCCCUGGAGAUGGACCAGAAGAAGAGGGACAAGGUGCUGAAGAAAGACUUCACUAAGGAGUGUAUACCACAUGAUCUGGACGCGGUUGUCAUCGGGAGUGGAGUGGGGGGCUUGACAGCGGCCGCCUGCCUGGCUAAGGUCGGGAAGAAGGUUCUGGUUCUGGAAGAGCACGACACCGCCGGGGGAUGCACCCACUCCUUCGUUGAGAAGGGCUUCGAGUUCGAUACCGGCCUCCACUACGUCGGCCAGAUGCACGAGAACGGCCUGACGAAGGUGGCGAUCGACCAGCUCACCGAGGGCCAGCUGGAGUUUGUGAAGCUGGACCAGCACAUCAACACCAUGCACAUCGGCCAGGGGGACGACUGCCGCACGUACACGCUCCUCAGUGGCAAGACCGAGAUGGAGGCCCACCUGAAGAAGCAGUUCCCCAACGACACCCAGGCCGUGGAGAACUUCUUCAAACUCACAAAGCUGUGUUCAAAACAGAUACCUGCCCUGGCUGCACUGAAGAUACUCCCUCGCUGGCUGGCCCUCUACAUGCUAAAGUCUGGCAUCGCUGACCGCCUCCUCCCCGCGCACAGCACACUGUCAGACACCAGCGCCUCCUGGUGGGCAGGAAUGCAGACCAACAACAAGGACCUGCAGGUCAUGUUCAACUACCUCUUCCAUGGAACUCCACCUAAGGACUCCAGCAUCCUCAUCAACUCCCUGCUCGUCCACCACUAUAAGCGUGGUGCCUACUUCCCUAAGGGGGGCGCUAGUGAGAUCCCUUACCACAUCAGCAACACCAUCCGCAAGUAUGGCGGAGAGGUGCUGGUGAGGGCGCCGGUCUCUCGAAUCCUAUUGGACGCUGCUGGAGCUGCCUGUGGUGUGGUGGUGAGGAAAGGCCAGGAGGAAGUGGAGGUGAGAGCUAAAAUGGUGAUCUCCAACUGCGGCGUGUUCAACACCUUCAACAGGCUCCUGCCCCUAGAGGUCGUCAUAAAGCCUGAUAUCCAGGAGCGUGUGAACCUCAUGAAACCAGGUAAGGGAUGUUUGCUCACCUUCUGUGGGUUUGAUGCCACUCCAGAGGAGCUUGGACUCGGCCAGGCCACCAACUGGUUCUACAAGGACAACGACAUGGACAAGAUGAUGGAUAACUUCUUCAGCCUGAGCAAAGACGACGCCCCAGAGAACAUCCCCAUGAUGUACUUCACCCUCCCCUCUGCCAAAGACACCACCGCCAAGAUCAGACACCCAGGUAAGACCUCCAUGAUCAUGGUGACCUACGUGAACUCUGACUGGUUUGACGAGUGGAACGUCGACAGUACGAGAGGAGACGACUACAUGGCGUACAAGAUGAGAUUCGCCAACAACAUGUUUGACUGGGCCUGCCAACACUUCCCCAAGCUCAGAGAGAAGCUGGUGUACCAGGAGGUGUCCACUCCUCUGUCUCCUUACACCGGUGCUCAUCUGGGAGCCAUGUACUCAGCCGAGACCCUGGACCGAUAUGACCCCAUAUCCAUGGCCAAGAACCGCUGCGACACACCUGUCAAGAACCUCUACAUCUCAGGUCAGGACGUCUUCAGCAGUGGUGUUGCUGGGGAGCUGCAAGGGGGUCUGCUGUGUGCCUCCACCGUGCUGAACCGCAACAUCUAUGCCCACCUGCACCUCAUCAAGAAGAGGCUCAAGAGGGCCAAGGCCAAGGAGAAUGCCCGAUUGGCCAAGAAACUGCAGUGAGGACAUCCAAUUGGCCAAGAAACUGCAGUGAGAACACCCAAUAGGCUGAUUGUGGUGAGAACACCUGAUUGGGCAAGUCAUUACGGAAAGAGUACCCCACUGGCCAACAUACUACAGUGAUAAUGGGUUAGUUCGUGAUGAAGCUGUGAUGCUUUUGCUAUGUCCAAAAACACAUUGUUUGUAUUAGUUUUUAGUGUGCAGCAUGUAAUCUGGGAUCUUCUACAGUAUUUCAUAUGGGAUCUUUCUAUGGUAUAUAUACUGCUUCUGGAUGGGAUUAGGCUGUGGAAGAAUUUGGUAUUUUUUAUUACUGUAUUCUAUGCCAUUGUUUUCAUUUUUGAUUCUGAACCGUUACGUUCACUAUGUAUUAGGCUACAUUGUUCAUGACCAAUGUCAAUGUGUUAAAUGUGUACAAUGUGUACAAUGUUAAAUAUUCAAUAUUAAAGAUCGAUUGAAAAUAC